AUGACAGAAUUCAUACCAGACGAGAGACUCUUCACUCAACUGAAAGACAAGGUCAUCGUAAUCACAGGCGGUGCAACCGGAAUUGGUGCAGCAACAGUAAAACUCCUAGCCCAUCAUGGAGCUUCAAUCGUCAUGGGCGACACAAACGUACAAGCUGCCUCCCAACUUCUCGAAAAUCUCCCCGGAAACCUCACAUUCGUGAAAACAGACGUGAGCGACUACAACCAACUCUACGCUUUAUGCGAGCAAGCUUUCCAACUGUACGGAAAAAUCGAUCAUGCAAUCUCAUGCGCUGGAAUCUUCGAGCAAGGAAAUUGGUUCGAUCCGAAUCUUACGAUCGAAAGUGUCAAAGAGCAAGGGAAUACGAAAGUGUUGGAUGUGAAUGUUCUUGGGACGUUGAAUUUUGCUCGGAUUGCGAGUGUUUUUAUGAGGGAAGGCGGGAAGGAAGUUGGGAGGAAUAAGAGUUUGACGUUGUUGUCGAGUGUGAAUGCUUUUAGGGAUAGUCCGGGGUUGUAUUUGUAUCAGAUGUCCAAGCAUGCUAUUCAAGGUCUUCUGCGGUCCACACGCAAGACGCUGCCUGAGCGUGACGGCAUCCGAGUGAAUGCGGUCUGUCCUGGAGUCACUGAUACGGCAAUGACUGCUGGAAUCAUCGAUGCUUUCAAGAAUAACAACCUCUUUUGGCAGAGCCCGGUGAGUGUUGCGAAGAUCAUCCUUGGUCUUGUCACGAAUGAGGCUGUGGUGGGCAAGGCCGUAUAUGUUGAAGGCGGCGAUGGCUGGGAGUUUGAGGACAGUCUCUAUGCUGCACAGAGCCACUGGCUUGGAGAAGAAGCUACGCGGAGGAUGCGAGUGAAUUCGGAGGCCGUGCAGAAGGGAAUCUUGACUCCCAGGCAGUAG